GACUCGAUUUCACACUAACUUUCUGGAAACAGCAUCACUUUGAAAUAUCAUUUUCCUUUUCUGCUUUCUAUUUCCAUCGUAGCUUGCCAUCACCCCUCCCAAACGUGUUCAUGAAAGCGACGGCUUGACCCGAAACCGAAUGCUUUAGGCAAACACGUACAAAUCACGACGCCGCCACAGUGGGUGCUCUCACAAGUACACCCCCCCGUCCGACCCCUGCGGACCCCCUCCUGACAGGUGUGCCUGAUCUUGUGGCUUCACAUGACACGUUGUUUGUAUUCGAUACGAGCAGGUGUAUUCAAAUCUUCCAAAAUCGUGCAACCACCUGGGAAACAGGAAGUUCUUCCCAUGCGGAUAGACCCUGAUUGCCACGUGUUAUGGGGGGCGGGGGAGAGAUCGAGAUAUAAUAAGACGGCAGUGCGAGGUGAGAAGAGAGCGUGUGACAGACAUCAUGCUGCAGACUCUGGGCCUUCUCAUCCUACAAGUAGCUUUGGUACUUGGGUGUGGUACACCAGCGGUCCAGCCGAACACCAAUCGGGUGGUAAACGGAGAGGAUGCCCGCCCUCACAGCUGGCCCUGGCAGAUCUCCCUGCAGGUGAAGCACGGCAGCCGCUACCACCACACGUGCGGAGGAACUCUGAUAGCGCCGCGCUGGGUGCUGACGGCCGGGCACUGUAUCUGGCCUGGAGACAUUUACCGCGUGGUGCUGGGAGAACAUGACAUGAGUCAGCAGGAAGGUACGGAACAGAUUGUUGACAUCCUGCGCAUCGUCGUCCACCCGGAAUGGGACAUCAACCACGUAGACGACGGCAACGACCUGGCCUUGCUAAAGCUGGUUAAGAGUCCCAUCAUGAUCGACAGCAUUGGCUUGGCUUGUCUCCCACCUGCCGGCGAGAUCCUCGCCCACGGGACUGCGUGCUACAUCUCCGGCUGGGGCAACCUUUACAGCCACGGUCCGAUGCCGGCCAAGCUGCAACAGGCCUUGCUGCCCGUCGUGCAGCACAGCGUGUGCAGUCAGAGCGGCUGGUGGGGCAACACCGUCAAGACCAACAUGAUCUGCGCCGGCGGAGACGACGUGUCGGGGUGUCAUGGUGACUCAGGCGGCCCUCUCAAUUGUCAGGGGGAGGACGGGCGCUGGUACGUGCAGGGCGUCACCAGCUUCGUGUCGUCGCAAGUGUGCAAUGAGGCCCAGAAGCCCACCGUCUUCACUCGCACCUCCGCCUUCGCCCAGUGGCUCAGCGACGUGGUGCUGCGCUACUGAAGAGGCCAAAAAAAAAAAA